UUAUUAUUGAAGAAACAGCUCAAAAGUUACAUUUGAUCACAAUUUCAAUAGCUGAUCAACUGUUUUUCAAUGUUGCUUAUUUUCAAUGAAAUUUACACAUCGCUAAAACCUUGAAUAGUACAUGCUCAACAGGAAUGUAUUAUAAUUAAUUUAUAAUUAUGUAUAAUAGUUAUGGUCAUAUAUCCAAUGAUUUACUCAAAUAAAUUCUAUAAGAUACUCAACUUUCAGCCUCAGGUGUUAAUCACAAAUACAGUGUACUUUUGAUGCACAUAAACAACUCCUCCUUUUGAUCUGGUAUAAAGUGUAGCCAAAUGAUUAUUGGAACUACUCAAUUGUCAAUUUAUCUCAUAGUGCCUUUGACUUAUUUGUACAGAUUUGUGUUUUUAGAGCCAUUUAUCCUUUAAGUUAUCACAAAGUCUUCUCUUGCAUUAUAAUAUCUUAACAUCACUUCGUUAGGUUGAUAUUUACACUCAAUCAAAUCUACCUAAAUUGCUUACUAUGAAAAGUCUUGUUAUUUUUUGUUUUAUUUUUAGUACCCUCGAACCAAUUAAAGGAAAAUCUAUUGGAAAUUCUGCCCAUUCAAUGCGAGUUCCUAGUGAAGCGAAGCAAAAUUUUACAACUGAUGCCCAAACUGAAAGUAAAUCAACGCUCCAAAUCAAUAACGAAGCCGCAACUGAUAGACCUAAAAAUGGAGCUAAAAUAACUGGUGGACCUGCAAACCAAGUUCAAGUAACAGAUUCACUAACAACCGAGGAACCAAGAAAUGUGAGACUACCACCUUGUUGCAAGAGAUGGAAUCCAGACGCUAUGAAUCAGGUUCCCAUUGAUACAAUACCCAUUCGAGCUAACCCUCCCCAAAGACCACUGACUCUGAUUGUCGCAUUGUCAUGAUAAUCAACUACAUUCAAGCCCUUGAACACAAUUUGUUAGCAAGACUUUAGCUGCAUGAAUAUUUUAUAAUGAUAAGUUAAAUAGAAAAUUUUAGGUCAAUCAAAAUCAAUAUCAAUAAGAAUUGCUUUUGUGGUCUUAUUUGAUUAGUAAUAAAAUACCAAAGUAAUAAAUUAUUACUUUGGUAUUGUCUUGAUUCUAAUCUAAAUGAUCGUUUGUCAUUGACAAUUACCUGUGCUGUUACCUCAUAAGGGUUUAUUUGUUUAUCUAAUCAUAAUUAUCCAUAAUAUCUAACACCAUAAUCACAAUCAUCUAAUCAUUAAAAUCUCUUGUUAAAAUGAUUAAUGGUUCAGCAAUCAAAACUGGUGAAUUGUAAGUUCCCAGAAAGAUACUUUCCAAAUAUUAAAUAGUCUUUUGAGUCCUGA